UCGCCGGAGCCGCGCGCCGGGCAGGAGGGGGAGCCGCGAGCGGGGCCGCCGGGCCGGGGAGGGGGCGCAGCCGGGCCCGGAGCCGCCGCUGCAGCCCGUGCGUGCGGGGCCCGCCCCGGUGCAUGCAGGAGCCGCCGCCGCCGCCGGAGCAGGCUGGGCGAGCGGGGCCGGAGCUGGUGCAUCCCCCCGCCGCCGCCGCCGCCCUCCUCCCCGCAGCCCGGGCAGGAGGCGCCGCAGCCGGGGCGUCCCCGGGGCGAGCCGGGGCUGCUUCCUCCUCGGCGCCCGAGCGGGGCUGGAGCUGCCGCGACCCCUCCGGAGCGGGGCCGCGGGCCGGCGGCGCGUCCUCUCCGGCCUCGGCCGCCCGGCGAUGAAGGGCUGACGGGGCGCGGAGGCGCCGGAGCUGCCGCUGCCCCCUGGCCGGCCGGUUUGCAGCGAGCGGAGCAGGCUGCGCAGAGGCGGGAGCCGCGCCGGAUCCUCGGGCUCUCCCGGGCGGCACACAAAGAAACCCCCUCCCUGCAGAGAGCGCGGGGACCCCCCAGGACCAGCCGCCCCGCUGCUGCGGGGCCCCCAGGAUGUAACCCGCCUCGCCCGCCCGUCGCCCUUCGUCUCUGCUCUGGAGGCUGCACGCGAGGGGGGGACCCCGCGACACGACGCCCCUGCACCCGCCGGAGCCACUCGCCCCCGGCUCCCCCCUGCUCCAGCGCAGCCCGCGGUCCGCUGCCCCCGGAAUAGCGACCUCCGCCCCGCCGCUGCCCCGGGAUGGGCCUUUCGUACCCGGCGUGACGCCCACAGCCCGCCCGGGCCCCGGGCCAGGAUUUGCCCUUUCCCCGGGCAGGAUUUGGUCGCUGUUGUCCGGGAUUUACCCCCCGCCCCCGCCGCCGGUUCAUGGCCGCGGGGCUCGCUCCGGCCUGCAGCGUCCUGGAGAGGCGGCGCCCGGCGCAGCGCGGAUGACUUGCAGCACAGACGAAGCAUAACCUAAUUAGGCGAGGAUGGUGGGGACGGGAGCCGCUGCAGCUUUAGGAGAUCACCGCCUUGAAUAGCUUCCCCAUCUGUCGACUGGAUAAUUGGUUGCAUUUGAAGUCUUUGUGAAAGCCUUUGAUUAUAGUAAUUUCAGCAGUGUGAUCUACCCUGGAUUCCUUCCUUAGAUUCUUUCACCGUUCAAGCCCUUGGGCCUGUAAUUACAUGAGCCAGUGCAGCUCUGCCUUGGUUUGCAGCGUAGCUGGGAAAGAGCUGGGCUAGUUGCCCUCUGGCUGCUGCCGCCCUGGGUCUGCGCAGCGUGAGGGUCUCCAGUCGUGACUCCAGCAGCGCUUGCCAACGCUUGGACCAUGUUGGCCUGUCUCCAGAGAACCCAGAACCCGCCAGCCCAGCACCUCGCAUGUCCAAACAAGACCCUGGAGCCGCGGAAGUGUGAAACGGCGGCCUCCAUGCAUUCCCCACGCUACCCCAGCCCAGCCGAACUGGACGCCUAUGCACAGAAAGUCGCCAACAACCCCCUAACGAUCAAGAUCUUUCCCACCAACAUCAGGGUCCCCCAGCACAAGCACCUUAACCGGACGGUCAAUGGGUACGACACGACAGGGCAGCGCUACAGCCCCUACCCCGUGCAUUCCAGCGGCUACCAGGGCCUCCUGGCCAUCGUAAAGGCCUCCAGCAAAAGCAUCGUGAAGAACUCGGAGGGCAAGCGGACUAAGAUGUCUCCAGCGCAGGUGGCCAUUGCCCCCUACCCAGUGUCAAGCACUUUAGCGCCAGGCCUCUCGUGCGCCGGGCACUUGAAUUAUCACAGUACUCAGAAGCAGCUCGACGCUCCGGUCCCCCCAAACGUGACCGUAGCUACGUCCGUGAUCCCGCUUGCAGGCCGGAACCUGACCCUGCAGCAGUCCAACUUGCCCUCUAUCCAGAGCAUCAUCUACCAGAUCAAUCAGCAGUGCCAGGCCCAGGGCUCCCAGCAGGCCUGCCAAGGGGUAGUGGUGACCAACCCCAGCCCCGCCAAGCACGGCGCGGCCAGUGGCUUCGCUAGCAUGGCGACGGCGGGUGCUGCCGUGGCCUAUGCCGGUGCCGUCCUGCCCGACUGCCGCAAAGGGGCAGAACUCGCCAUAAGCUCCAACCCGGCCAUGACCGUCGGCCCCAAGGCCGGCCUCUACCCGGAUGGCAUGGAUUACCUUCUCUGGCAGCAGAAACAGCAGCAGCUCCGAAUGUACAGCGGGGGCAGCGGAGGGGGGGGCGCUGUCAGCAAGUCCCCGGAGACAUGUGCGGGGGUCUCACGCCCCUACACCCUGGCGGGCGCGGUGGAGAAGGUCAGCUCCUCCCCUUUGAACUGUGUGGGCAUGCACGGCAACUUCUCGGUGGGCCAGUAUUUUGCCCCCCCUUGGAACAGCAUCUUGGUCACCCCCAACAGCGACUGUUACAACCCCCAGGAGCUCGCCAACGGGCACCGCGAGCUCGGAGUGCCCCCCUCCGAUGGCCUGUCCAGCAAAACGCUCUGCAAUACCUCCAUCCUUAGCAGCAGCCUCCAGUCGCUGGAGUAUCUCAUCAACGACAUCCACCCGCCAUGCAUCAAAGAGCAGAUGCUGGGCAAGGGCUACGAGACAGUGUCUGUGCCAAGACUCUUGGACCAUCAACACGCCCACAUUCGCCUGCCCGUCUACAGAUAAGAGCCUGACGCUGCUUUCCAAACAAAGGGCCACGGUGGGAACUUGACUGGUAUCCAUUCUCCUCUCCGGUACCGCCAGGGUCUGUGGCAAAACAAAGCGAGGGCUGGGGAGGGGGGGGUUGGUUAACGAAAGGGGCUGGGGGCCCCAAAGACGCUGGAAUUAAUUGGGGUCGUUGAACUGGAUACACCUGAAACCCGCUGGAAGCCACGGACGAAGGAAUGCUUGUUUCUAGAGCUCUGAAAUGGUCGUUUCAUUUCCACGAAUGUGAACAGGGAAUUGCUACAAGUUGCUGCUAUCCAGGGAGAGACGGUUUCGCUCUGUGCGCGUGUGUGUGCGUGUGUGUGCGCGCGUGUGCGAGUGCGUGUCUGUGUGCGUGCGCCAGGCGGAUCUGCAUGUGGGAGAACCCCCAAUUCUAUCCUGCGCUGAGUCCCCAGGAAAGUUUUAAGUAAAAGAAGAGCUCCAAUCCCCGAUAAUUCCAUGCCAUUGCAGCUUGGUCAUGACCAGAAAGAGCUAAUGCCUAAUUUCUAGUUUAAGUCCAUAACUUGCACUGCUUUGAGUAAAGCUAAUAAUUGGGGACAGUCUGGAGGCUAUUUAAGAAAAAGAAAAACACUUGAAAACUUGAACAGAUUUUUUUUUUUUAGUUAAAUAUACUGUACAUUUAUGUGUUGGCUGCUACAGAGUCUCUUCCUCCGCUCCCUCCCCCGCCCGCCCCCAUUGCUUGGGCCUAGUCUGUUACUUUCAUUAAACCAUACGUUUUUGAUGCUUUCUCAGUGGAAAGGUUUCAUUGCCCAGUUGCCCACGCGGUGGGGGGGGAGAGCCGCAUUAAGCUAAGGAGCCAGGGACCUGGGUGAGCAAAAAGGGCACGAAGUUAAGGAUAUUUUACCCUCCUCAUUGUUCUUGCGGUUUUCCAAGCGUUUCCCUCGCCCCCGUGGUAACAAGAGUCUAAGAGGGCAGAAGCAAAAUGUGACUUACCUCGGACUGAUCCGAGGCAGGGCCCCUGUUCUAAUUUGUAAAAGAAUCCACACCCGCUUAACAAACCCACCCUCACCCCAUCCCCAAAUACAAGAGCUUGUGAUCUCCCUCCAUCGCUCUCAAACCAGCUGAGCAGUCACGAAUCCGCCUGGGCACAAAUGUAAAGCUAGCUGAGCACCCACAAGCAAUUUCUUCUUUAUUAUCAGGAGAUGAAUGGGGAGCCAUUAUGGUGUCUCCAGGCUCUGGGCAGUAAGCUCAGAGGAAUGGUCUGCCUCUCCCCCCCCCGCACCCCCUCCGCCGUCCUCACCCCACCCUCUGCCCAGGUCCCAUCACAGGAACAUUCUGAAUUCUAAGAUUUCCAAGGUUGUGGUUUUUUUGGUUUUUUGUUUUUUUUUUUGUUUUUUUUUUUUACUGUCAAUUAUACCUUUGUUCUGUUGUAGAGGCAACUUGCAGGUGAAGAGAAGUAGAAUCACAUUUAAUGCAUCUAGCCAUUGUACCAGGUUGUAAUUUGCAUACUUUAUUUUCUUUUUUAAACAGUUCAAAAAUGUUCAUUAUGGUCUGUUAUUCAGUAUGUGUAAUUGUGUUUAAUAGAUUUAUUCAUUUUUAAAAAAGCGGUUCUACAUUACAGAAAAUUCAAAGUUUUUUGAUGUUUAAAGGAAAAAAAAAAAAAACCCACCCCAACGAAACCCAAUGUGAUUGUGCUCAGAAAAGAGGUGUACUGUAUCCUUAAAAGGCCUGUUCAAGCACUAAGUGCAUUUACAAAUCUCUGAGAAUGUUUUUUUAUACUAAAAUUGACCAUUAUAUUCUACUGUGAGAAGUGCUGUCUGCACUAUAUUGUUUUAAAAAUGAGAGAAAACGGAAAAAAAACAAAACAAAACCCACAAGCUGUGUGUCCGAAUGUUGUUUUCCCAAAGUAAAACCAGGAUAUCA